UCAGAUUCGGUUUUCUGUAAAUCUCUUAUCCACACCCUUUCAAUUCGCAUUCCCGCGCCUUAGCACACUUCCACCGUCUUCACCAUGGCGUCCGACCUGGACCAGCUCAUUGAGAUGGGUUUCGAGAAGGAGAGAGCACAGCUCGCAGUCACGAAGACCGGUGGCCUCCAAGGGGCGUUAGAAUGGCUCGAAACCAACCAGGACAAAUCGCUGGAGGAGAUCAAGGCACAGGCGGAACAGGCUGAAGAAGAGGAAGGACCGGCUCUUCAACCGGGUGAAGAGCCCCGCAGCUUGGUCUGCAAUGACUGUGGCAAGAAGUUCCGCAGCACGGCGCAGGCUGAAUUCCACGCAUCCAAGUCCCAGCAUGUGGACUUCUCAGAAUCCACCGAGGAGCUCGCGCCGUUGACGGAGGAUCAGAAGAAGGAGCGCCUGAACGAGCUGAGGGAAAAACUUGCCGCCAAGCGGGCGGUUCAAUCUGAGCAGGACAAGAUUGACCAGAAGCGAAAUGAGGAUAUCCGACGGAAGAGCACCAAGGAGAAUCAGGACGCGAAGGAACAGCUCGAGCGGAAAGAAGCGAUGAAGGAGGCGGCCAAGAAGAAGAAGGAGAAGCAGGACGAAAUCGACGCUCGCAAGCGCAUCAAGGCCAAGAUCGAAGCAGACAAGGAGGAACGCCGACGGAAAGCUGAGCGGGAACGCGCAGAGCGUGCAGGCCAGGCCCCUCCGCCAGAGCCUGUUGCGGCCCCAGCUCCUACAACGUCUGGCCCAGUGGCGUCUAAGCCUGCGUCGGCUUAUACCGAGGCUCGUCUGAGAUUCCAGACUCCUAAGGGCAACAUCAUGAAGACCCUUCCCGUCGAGACCACUUUGUUCGAGGUUGCCGCUGCGCUAAAGCAAGAUGGCGUCGAGGUGCAAAGUUUCGUUCAGAACUUCCCUAGGAAGGUAUAUGAUGCUGAGUUCUUCGGGGAGACGUUGAAGGAGCUCGGACUCGUGCCCAGCGCAAGUCUUGUUGUUCAAUGA